UUGCAACUGACUGCUGCGCGCAAUCGAAACAGCUAUGCAGUUGCUAACCAAUGACAAUCGGAGGAAACCUUUCAGAGUAUAGAUUCCAAAGCAGCCGUUUUCAAACACAACCUACUCAUCAUCAACCAUCCCUGUUGCAAUGCCUGUCAGAACGCUUGGUUUUCCGUGAGCGAGAAGAUGCGUCGGUAUUCAAAGCUGUAUACCUGUAGGACUAGUCAUGGACUGAACGGGGUUUUGGACUCACUUGUGAAAUUUUAUGCUUGCGCGUGGCACGAUGCCUUAUCUGACUAAACCGUUGUUUUUACUCUUCUGUCUGGUCGUUACCGGGGAAUGCCGUAGGCACGGACACCGAGUACGGAGAUGGACAGAAACCGUGGAGUCGGCAAAGCAUGGACCAGAGACCGCAAAGCAUGGCCCUUCCUUGACAAAGAAGCCUCCAGAUGUGACCAAGAAUCGCAAGCUGAAGACAGAGCAGCUUCUGAAAGUAGAUGAUCAUGAUUUCACCAUGAGGCCAGCAUUUGGAGGCCCCGCUAUCCCAGUCGGAGUGGACGUGCAGGUGGAAAGCUUGGACAGCAUCUCAGAAGUAGACAUGGACUUCACCAUGACCCUGUACCUGAGACACUAUUGGAAGGACGAGCGCCUGUCCUUCACCAGCUCCACUAAUAAGAGCAUGACAUUUGACGGGCGUCUGGUCAAGAAGAUCUGGGUUCCCGAUGUGUUCUUUGUCCACUCCAAGAGAUCCUUCAUCCAUGACACCACCACAGUCAACAUCAUGCUCAGGGUUUUUCCCGACGGACACGUCCUGUACAGCCUGAGGGUGACAGUGACCGCAGCCUGCAACAUGGACUUCAGCCGCUUCCCUUUGGACACCCAGUCCUGCUCCCUGGAGCUAGAGAGCUAUGCGUAUACGGAUGAGGACCUGAUGCUGUACUGGAAGAGUGGGGAUGAGUCCUUGAGUACGGAUGACCGUAUCUCCUUGUCUCAGUUCCUCAUCCAGAAGUUCCACACCACAUCUCGGCUGGCCUUCUACAGCAGCACUGGCUGGUACAACCGUCUCUACAUCAACUUCACCUUGCGGAGACACAUCUUCUUCUUCCUGCUGCAGACCUACUUCCCGGCUACCCUCAUGGUCAUGCUGUCCUGGGUGUCUUUCUGGAUUGACCGCAGGGCCGUCCCAGCUCGUGUCUCCCUGGGUAUCACCACGGUGCUCACCAUGUCCACCAUCAUCACUGGAGUCAACGCCUCCAUGCCCAGAGUGUCCUACAUCAAAGCAGUGGACAUCUACCUAUGGGUCAGCUUUGUGUUUGUCUUCCUGUCUGUCCUGGAGUACGCUGCUGUCAACUACCUGUCCACCGCACAGGACCGCAGGGAACGCAAGAUAAGAGACGAGAUGAGGGAGAGGGCCAGGUCACAGUCGCUGCCCUGCACCUGUGGCAUGUCCCAGACCAGGACCAUGCUAUUAGACGGGACCUACAGCGAGGCGGACACUAAUAGCCUGGCCGGCUACACCUCAGGAACUAUGGGGCCCGAGGAGGACGUGGAGAUGCCCCGCGACAUGAUGACUGAGAAGCAGCCUCCCGGAGAACACACAGUGGUCCACCUGUCUGCCAGCAGCGAGUUGACGACAACCAAGAAGAAAGGCAUCAGGGCCCUCAAUAUUAUCCAGAAUACACACGCCAUCGACAAGUACUCAAGGAUGUUAUUCCCUGGCUCCUAUAUCCUAUUCAACAUUAUCUACUGGUGUUCCUACUGUUUAGGAGCGUAGAGUCUACUGUUUAGGAGCGUAGAGUCUACUGUUUAGGAGCGUAGGGUCUACUGUUUAGGAGCGUAGGGUCUACUGUAUAGGAGCAUAGGGUCUACUGUUUAGGAGCGUAGGGUCUACUGUUUAGGAGCGUAGGGUCUACUGUUUAGGAGCGUAGGGUCUACUGUUUAGGAGCGUAGGGUCUACUGUUUAGGAGCGUAGGGUCUACUGUUUAGGAGCGUAGGGUCUACUG